UUGUGUUAUUCAGCAACUAAAACAUCAACAACAUGGCUUCCUUAAGCUCCCUAGUUCUGCUUCUUGCAGUUCUGGUUCUGUCCCCUCAAGGGCUUGCUAACUAUGACAAGCCCCCCAUUGAGAAACCACCUGUUUACAAACCCCCAGUUGAGAAGCCACCGGUCUAUAAACCACCUGUAGAAAAACCACCGGUUUACAAGCCACCGGUCCACAAACCACCAGUGUACAAGCCCCCAGUAGAAAAGCCACCGGUGUACAAGCCCCCAGUAGAAAAGCCACCGGUGUACAAGCCCCCAGUAGAAAAACCACCGGUGUACAAGCCUCCAGUAGAGAAACCACCGGUGUACAAACCCCCAGUUGAGAAACCACCGGUUUACAAGCCCCCCGUGGAGAAGCCACCAGUGUACAAACCCCCAGUAGAGAAACCACCAGUGUACAAACCCCCAGUUGAAAAACCACCGGUGUACAAGCCCCCAGUUGAGAAACCACCCGUGUACAAACCCCCAGUUGAGAAGCCACCCGUGUACAAACCCCCAGUUGAAAAACCACCAGUUUACAAGCCUCCUGUGGAGAAGCCACCAGUGUACAAGCCACCAGUUGAAAAACCACCAGUGUACAAGCCCCCAGUAGAGAAGCCACCGGUGUACAAGCCUCCCGUUGAAAAGCCUCCGGUCUACAAGCCCCCGGUAGAGAAGCCACCAGUGUACAAGCCUCCAGUUGAAAAACCACCAGUGUAUAAGCCCCCUGUGGAGAAGCCACCGGUGUACAAACCCCCAGUUGAAAAACCACCAGUUUACAAGCCACCGGUGUACACGCCACCGUACGGGAAGCCACCUCACCCAAAGUACCCUCCAAGCUCGAACUGAUGACAAACGAUUCUGAAGUAUGUUAAGAGUUGUAUCUGAAGUAUGUGAUAAAUAAAAGCUGUAAGCUCAGAGUGUGUAGCUUAGUUUACGAAUCAUGCCAAGGAUUACUCCUGCUGUCUUCGUUUAUUUUUAAUCAUUUGUUUACAGUGUUGUAGCCAAGAUAAGAGUGUCAUGGAUGCAUGAAUGUAAAACGGAGAAAAAAAUGUGUGAUCUUUUCUACUGAAACCUCUGAAUAAUAGAACUUUAUGAUUUUGAUAUCAA